CGUCUCCUGGCGGCCAUCUAGUGAAUCACUCAUUCUCAAUGGGCCAGAUCUAUUUGCUAGUGGCAGGAGUGAUGCUCUGCUCCAUCCCUGCUUGCUCUCUUGGCUGGAACUUGCCUAGGAGCCAUAGUCAGGACAACAAGGAAGUCUUCCAACCGUUGGAACAGAUGCAAAGGAUCCCCUCUCAGCGGUCCCUAAAGGACAGAGCCGACUUCAAAUUUCCUUGGCAAAGAGAGAAUAUCACCCAAAUCCAGAUGAUUCAAGGCUGUUACCACUGUCUGAUGCUCCAGCAGAUCUUCCAACUCUUAAACACAGAGGACAGCCGUGCUGCUUGGAACAACACCCUCCUCGAUAAACCCUUCCCUAGCCUUGAUCAGAAACUGGAGCAGAUGGAAGAAGACAAUCUGGAUUGUCCUGAUUUGGGACUUGCAGCCCGGGAGUAUUUCCAUGGAAUCCAUGUCUACCUGAAGGCAAAGGAAUACAGCCCCUGUGCCCGGGAGGUUGUCAGAGUGGAAAUUGAAAAGUGCCUUUCCCUCAUGUAA